AUGAUGGUGUCUAAACGGUUCAUCUUUGGCUUGAUGAGCCGUCAUCUGAUGAUGGGUUGCUCUGGUGGUAACGAGAUGUGUAAGGCCUCCAUUGGUGGUCGUAGAGGGGCGUGUCCUCCUACUUGGAUCCAGUGGGGUGGUAAAUGCUACAAAGCCAUCACUGAGCGCCUGACAUGGUCUGAGGCAAAAGAUGAGUGCAUCAAGAUGGGAAGUACUUGGAAGUGUGAGAACGAUGAGGUUGAGUUCAGGAAUUGGUCGACUGGUCCAGAGAAUCCACAACCUGAUAACUUGAAUGGUGAGCACUGUGCCGAGGUGUGGGUAGAUCAAGAAGGGAAAUGGAAUGAUGCACACUGUGAUCUUCAACGCCCUGCAAUAUGCAUCCAACCUGCACCACAGCUGCACUUUUAA